AUGGUCAUUGCUGCUGACUACUACGUAGAUAACCCUGGGGCUGGAUCUGUUUGGCAAUUUGGUAAAAGCUAUAAUGUGACAUGGUUUGAUAAAUCAAAAAAUGAAAAUACUGUCGAUGUUUGUCUUGUACAUGGACCUGCUGAUAGAUUAAUUCUAUUCAGAACCUUGUGUUCUAAAAUAAGUCCUUCGACAAGAUUUUGUUCUUAUACUGUACCAAAAGAUAUCCCGUCCGGAAUUGAUUAUGCUAUUAUUGUUGGUGGUGUUCCUGCCAAUUAUGGAUAUUCCAGUUACUUCACUAUCAUUUCCGAUGGCCCUCUUCCCGAAAAUAAUGGCUGUCCAAAAAUGGGUGGAAAAAAUUGUCCUGAAUCAUUACCGUGUUGUAGUUCAUCCGGUUUUUGCGGUUCUUCAGAAGCUCACUGUGGUGUCGGUUGUGAUCCUAAACAUAGCUUCAAUGGCAAAUGUGCGGUUCCUGACGAGUCCUUAUCUUCUUCAAAACAAACUACACCAACCAAUUUAUCUAAAUCAAAUCAAUUAUCUUCUUCAGAACAAACUACACCAACCAAUUUAUCCAAAUCAAAUCAAUCUAAAUGUGGAGAAGUCUAUUGCGGUGCAAAAAAUCCGUGCUGUAGUGAAUUCAAUUAUUGUGGUUCCACUUCUGAUUAUUGUGGAUCAUCCUGUCAACCUGACAAGUCUUUUAAUGGUAUAUGUGCUGUUGGAGGAAAAUCCGCUUCUCCUGCAAAGACCUCUACUUUAUCAUCCACUCGUUCCACAACCAAACCAACUUUAUCAUCCACUCUUUCCACAACCAAACCAGCUUUGUCAUCCACUCUUUCCAAAACCAAACCAACGUCAUCAAAUAAAACCAAAACAACUCAAACAAUUUCAUUAUGUGGUAAAACUUUGUGUUCUAAAGCCAAACCAUGUUGUGAUAAAAACAAUAAAUGCGGUAAGCUAUCAAUAACAACACUUUCUGCAAAGUAA